AUGCCGGCAAAUACGUGCGUGCCAAAACUAAAAGCAAAUGUUUACUUUCAUCUGAUUUUCGCCCCUUAUUGUUUUAAUGACGAUUUUUCCUCUCUGAGAUAUCUAGAAGAUGAAUUAUUAAAUGUAUCUAUUACACCAAAGCAGGGAAAAAUAUUGUCCCUGAUGUUGAAUUGGAGUAAUUUAUAUUAUCAACCAUUCCUGAACAGAGAAUAUGCUUUCACCUUAAUUACUUCUACCAAGGUUUUAAUAUUAACAUUCAGCAAACUGAACGAAUUCACUUAUCUAGACCUAAUGUUGUUAAAAAAACCAUUUGUUCUUUCACUUAUUUGCGAAGAAAACACAACACCAGAUGUAAAUAAAAAGAACGUGCCAAAUUUCUUCUCAACGUUCUUAAGACAAAGGCAGGCGACACGUAGAAGGACAUCAAGCGGAGUGAGAAAAGAAAAAUCGAUAUCCGAAACAUCUUCCGGUACGCUACUCAUCGACUUAAAUCUCAAAGACAGAGAAAUCGAUAGAAAUGAUUUGAAAUUUCUGCCCUUUGGUUCUUAA